AUGGAGCGAUUUUUCAUCAUAUUCUUAGCUGGUGCUGUUUUUGUCGUGACUCAGGCAGCGCCACGUAGUGAUUUGAAUUCAACUGGACGAGAUCUCUGGAGUCAGUAUAUUGACUUGUCUUUCCUCGGGCCGGGAAUCUUUGGUGUGCCGAAUGAGAAAAUCGGCAAGGUUCUGGAGAAUUUCGCAAACUUCCAAGGAAAUCCUGAGGAGCAGGGAUCGUAUCUGGAGGGAGACCUGCUGAUUCCAGUCUCACGUGCCAGGAAUGGUCUCGUGGCGCAAGCAACUCGCUGGCCAAAUGGUGUUGUUCCGUAUGAGAUUCAGGGUUCCUUCAGCGCCAACGACAUGAGUUUGAUUGAGAAGGCCAUCAAGAUGUUCCAUGUCCACACUUGCAUCCGCUUCGUGCCUCACACAACAGAAGCGGACUAUAUCCGAAUCGUGAGCGGCCGAUCCGGAUGCUGGUCCAGCGUUGGCCGCAUUGGCGGUCCGCAGGAUGUGAAUCUGCAAUCUCCGGGCUGCCUCAAUCAGGUGGGAGUGCCAAUUCACGAGCUGCUGCACGUGCUCGGCUUCCUGCACGAGCAAAACCGCUCAGAUCGCGACAAGAGCGUCAUCAUUAAGUGGCAGAACAUCAAGGCGGGCACAACUGAUAACUUCCAGAAGGCCAGAGAUGGCACGACCAACAAUUUUGGCGUCCUGUACGACUACAAUAGCGUUCUUCACUACUCCGCGCACGCGUUCUCGAAGAAUGGUCAGCCCACAAUCGUGGCCAAGACCAGAAGUGCUGCCAACAUGGGUCAGCGCAGAGGAUUCUCCCUGGGUGACCUCAAGAAGGUCAAUGCGAUGUAUCACUGCGACUUGAGCCAAAAAGGACCUCUCGUGAAGCCAACUCGCAGUGAUGCGCAGCAGAAGCCACAAGCACAGCCCGAAGCGAAUCUCUUGGAGAACGUCGUGACGGGCAUUGUGAACUUCUUCAAGCCCGAAUAA